AUGGGUAUGAUUUCACCAUCCUGUAUCAGGAAGGAAAAAACCGAAGACCUUGUGAUGGCCCUAGCUGAAGCAAAGGCUGAUGCUAUUAUGAUGAAGCUCGACAGAACUGCUCAAGUGGAGGACAUAUCAGCCUCUACCCUGCUGAUAACUGCUGAUACAGUGGUGGUGUAUCAAGGGACUAUUAGAGAAAAGCCAACAUCUGCAGAAGAAGCACGGCAGUUUAUUAGAGACUAUUCUGGUGGUUCAGGCGAAGUUGUGGGAUCAGUAGUUGUAACUAACUUGGUGACAGGUAGUAGAAAAGGAGGAUGGGAGAGUGCAGAGGUUUAUUUCCUAGAAAUACCUGAUGAAGUUAUUGAUAGCCUGAUUGAGGAGGGAAUAACUUUUAAUGUUGCUGGAGGUUUGAUGCUUGAACAUCCACUGAUUUUGCCUUUGGUAGACACUGUGGUAGGAACUGCUGAUUGUGUGAUGGGACUCUCAAAAACUUUGACAGAGAAACUUAUGCAGGAGGCCCUUGUUGAAACCAUGGUUUAGUUAACACAAAACAAACAUGGAAAGAUUCACAUAGUUACUAUUGUUUCAACCAAUUGCUCUCCGCAUAAACAACUCAUUUGCUAAAUAUUUUGCAUUGUGUA